CACUCGGCGGAUCAGUGAUCGAGCGCCAUGCUUUCGGACUGAAACACAACGGACAACGGCAUAAAAGUGUAUAUCUUCAAACCGGGUAAUAUUUACCUAGACAGUUUUUAUUUGGGUACAACUACCCACGGAAAAGUGAGUCAAAAUCGGUUAAAUUUUGACUAAAGUGCGCGUCAUAGAUUAAAGAAUUAUUUUCGAUUUGAAAAAUGUGACCGCGGUAAUAUAGUGGACUUUAUUUUUAUUUUUUUUUAUAGUUUUAUUGUUUUAUCGCAUGGUCAUUAAUUUUUGUGACUAUAUCCAGUGACUCAUAAGGUGGAUUUAAUUGCCGCGGAGGCUUAAAAUAGGAGUUUAUAGAACCGCCUUACAAUAUCGAACCCCCUCGCUCCGGGGUGGCCAUUCGCCAUGCUCGGCAGCCCUGCUGGGCCGGGGGUACCCUCUCAGAGGGGACUUUGGCCCCUGGCCCCGGCACCAGCACCAUCGGCAACUAGUUUCACCGCUGACGGUAUCAGUAAAUAUGGUGUUUACUCGCUCUUCCCCGGAGGACCGACCUUCGGUAGUGCGCUUUACUCGCACGCAAGCACAAUCGGACGUUUCGCCUCCGGCCACAUACAACAAUCAUCAGGGAAUACGUUUCAUACCGCUCACAAAGUUUCAGAUUCCUUAUUCUCGGCUGCUGGGUACACGUUUGGUGCGCCCACACCUCCACCGGGCUCACCAUACUCACCAAUUCCAGUUACCCAGUUGGAACUGUUAACCAAAGGGUAUUCGAACAAUAUUUUCAUACAACAGCAAGAUUUCAAUACCAGUCCGAAAAAGGUGCAAAUUACUGAAAAACGAUGCGACGAAAAAUGCUGUUCCAUACAGAAAUCGCAAAAGAUUUGUCAUUGUCCUACGUCACCUGUGAAGAAAAUCCAAGAGAUUUCUGGCAUAGGAUGUUCGAGAACAAACCCCAUAGAAUGGCCAUCAGGUGUAAACGUGAAAAAAGAACCAGGUUUAACGCCGUGUCAAGUAGCAGAAAUAACGACCAGCAUGUCGCCGGUUGUGAAACUGGAAGUCCAUUCGCCCACUCAGAAAAUUGGGUCAGAGACUACCAUGAGCAUUGGUGGAUCUGUUGUUAAUAGUAAUGGAGCCCAAAUCCCCAUCGGCAUAGCGGUGGCUAGACAAAGGGUGCAGCACGAAAUGGUGGCAUCCCCUUCGUUGCCUCCCGCAGGGCUUCUAGCUACUGUCACUACGGCAGGAGGGGCGCAAAUUAAGGAACUUGACAAUGCUGGGACUGUGGCUAGCAUGGCUGCAGGAACGUCGGGGGCGGCGCCGGGAGGCGGAACAAUCCUGCAAUGUACCGACGAUAGAAUGGCGGGAUUGGCGGCCUGGCAGGUGGGCGGCAACCACAAUCAGACCUUGACCACGCCCACGUUGUGGCAAUAUCCUGGGCCAGUUCCAGUGGAGCCAAUGGUUCCGCUCCCAGUACCCACAAUGUCCCCAGUGGGCAUUCAAUUAGUCAGGGAUCCAACCACUGGAGGGCUACUACUCCUACCCACUACCACUGGAAUAGAACCUCUCCAACAAACAGUAGUCUGGCCAAGCUACCCGCAGCAGUCAUCAGUCUUGCUACCAUCGCUAUCGUCAAUGCCCCCACCGCCCCUUCAAAUGCUAAGUUCAGCUUCUUCAGAUUAUUUAUCGAGUAGUACAACGCUUCAUCAACACACCCAAACUCACAGUACUAGAUUAGUAGCUGUAACCACUGAUGCUAAACGCAAACUUCCUCUACCUCUACCAGCAACUACUCUAAUAAAAAUCGAAACUGAUGGUGGCUUAGAUCAAAAUAAAUCUUUGCAAACUGUUAGUACAAUCGCAAGCAAUACUGGUACCGUUUUUACUGAUCAACCAAUGGUAACUACUCAUGUGAUAUAUCAGCACCCGACAAAUCUUAUAGUGUCUCAAACUCCAGUACCUACAACCGAAAUUGCUUCUUGCAGAUCGCAAGCUACUUCUCCUGCUUGUUUAACACCUCCACCUGAUUCAGUACAAAUACAUGAAGAAGACCAAAUAGUCAAUACCUCUACAGUACAAGAUGCUAGUAAUCAAACUGAUACACCUAUUUGUAGUGAAGAUGAUAAUACUACACACACUAUAUCUGAUGUUAUUGGUGAAGAAAAAAUCAAAGACAUUAUUCAUAAUAAUAAUAUAAAUGAAGAAGUUAUAGCUGAACCAGAACCAACUGUUGAAGUAGCAAACGCAACCAAUGAAAUUUUAACAGAAAAAAAUUCACAACAACCUGACCUUAGUGGUCUAGAACUAUUAUCAAACAGUAUUGUAGAAUUCGAAAGUUGUAGAACAGAACAAACCACUGAAACUCCAACAUCCACAGAAACUUCUUCUAUAACAUCAUCUGAAGAAUCCAUAGAAACUAAAGAAGAAACCGCAACAGUCCCUAUAAGUGUAGACGAUAAUCUCGGAGGCUUAGAUUUGUUAUGUGCUUUAGCCGAGCAAAGAAUACUCGAAGAAAACAUCGAAAAACCAGGAAAAAAAGACAAAAAACACAAAGACCGCAGGCGGGAGAAGCGCAAAUCCAAAAAGCACCAUUCAGAUGAGCCAAAAAGAAAGAAAAUGAAACGGUCCAGUGAAGAAAGACACAGAGACAGAGAACUCAGAAAAGAAAAAAAGGAAAAAGACAAGACUGAAAUAAAAGAAAAAUGCUUUUGCAAAUACAAAAACUAUAAAACCCCAGAAUCUGAGCAGGAAGUGAGAAAGUUUUUAGAAAGCAAAGCCCCACAAAACGUUUGUUGCAAAGGCGAGUGGCCUUGCAUGAACGCAAUGGAAUUGGAUAUGAGAAUGAAACUGGCAGAACUACAAAAAGAAUACAGAGAAAAACAAAAAGAAUUAAGUAAACUAAAACCCAAAAAACAUUCACACGAAUGUUCGAAGAAAAAACCAAGAAAAAAAUCAACUCAAUCUGAAAGAAGUAUCACCAUUUCACCACCAUUGCUAGAAAAAGUAGACGAUCUUCCUGCAAAUGAGAUUCUCAGAACUGAUGUUUUGAGUCCCCCAAAACUCUCAGUAGUACAAGAAGUUACCCACAAAAGAAGGCAUUCCGAAACUGAUUCGUCACCUGAAAAAUGCUCGUCUUCCAAAAAACGAAAAGUUGGAAGACCCAAACGGCACUUGUUCACAGGCGAGCUAGACACAACUGAAACCAUUGUAGCCAAAAAACUUAAAAAUAAUUUUGUGGGUUGCUUACUAGCCGCAAAAGAAAAACUCAAGCAGCAAAAAUCCGCUUCAACACCUCCCAGAUAUGUUGAAGAAACUUAUACCCAUAAAUUGAAGAAAGUCAAAAACAAUAAUACUAUUAUUGUGGAUGAAAUCAAAUCAUCGAAAAUGAGGCCUAAAUUAAAGGCUGAAGCAACAAUCAGAGUUGAAGAGGAUGAUGAAUGGCAUUCGGCUGAAGAUAAUGACAUUAUUGAUCAUAUUGAAGAAGAUAUUGAUGAGGAACUUGACGAAGAAAAUACUUCAAAUGAAAUAUUCAGUGAUGGUUUAUUGGAAAAAGAAGAAUCUUCAGCUAAAUUUGAAGAUGAUCUAAAAGAAACAGUUGCAGAAGUUCCAAAUCCUUGUGCAUUAUUGGAAGAGAAUUUGGCAGUGGAUAAAUUGCGGGUUCUGACAGCCAUGGGAGGAUUAUUUUAUGCUGGAAAAUUGAACGCAGUUGAACCUCCAGAUGUUUAUUCCAUUACUUUGGACGGAGAACGAGGCAACAGGCCACAUAUUAUGUCCAGGGAGGAGAUUUUGAGAGAUGCGAUCCUUGAAGUGUCACCAAAAACCACUGAAGAACUACCAGUUGGUACACGUUUGUGUGCUUAUUGGAGCCAGCAGUACCGAUGCCUUUAUCCAGGAAGUGCUGCGGAACCAUGCACUCCAGAUCCUCAUUUGGACAGGAAAUUCGUUUCUGUGGAAUUUGAUGAUGGAGAUAAUGGCAAAAUUGCUUUGCAAGAUAUCAGGCUGUUGCCGCCUAAUUAUCCUAUUAUUGAAUAUGAUCCUAAUCCCUUGUCUAGCCUACGCAAACGGCGACGAAGAACUUCAGCAAGUAUUUCCACAGAAGAAAAACACGUCCCAGAAACAGUCAAUAAUAAACAAGAACCUUCAAAAGCAAUACUUCCUACCUCAUCAGAAAUUGAACAUCACAAAGAAAAGAAGCGCCUAAAAAAGAAGAAACGAGAAAAAAUUAAGGAUAAACUACUGAAGAACGAAGACAAAAAGAAGAAAAAGAAGCACAAGUGCAUCGACGAGUUUUGCAAACAUAAGAAGCAUCACAAGAAGCACAGAAAGCACCGCAAGCAUCAUGAAAGAUCUACAACGGAAUCGGAAAAUUCUCUCAGGCACGAAUUCACUUGUGAAAUUAUCAACGAAGAAACCAACCCUAUGGAAGAAAACGUUGAAAUAUCACAAGAAAAACCUGAAACAAACCAUGAUGAAUCUUCGCAACAAAGCAGUGCAGAUGAUUUUCCCAAUUAUGAAGCCCCAGCCAAUCCGGACGAUGAAGUGACUAUGGAUGAUAUUUUAGAGGCAACUGCAGAUAAAAAAUCCAAAAAGUUCAGAGACAGGCAAGAGUCUUGCGAGAGCAGAAGCAAAAUGAGCGCGUUCUUACCGGCCAGGCAACUGUGGCAUUGGUCUGGGAAAGGGUACAAGAGGCAAAGGGCUAAAGGCAAAUCCAAGAAAUGCUUCUAUAAGUCUAUACAGAGGGGAAAGGAAACGAUAACGGUGGGUGACGCUGCAGUAUUUCUAUCCACCGGCAGACCCGACAGGCCUUAUAUCGGCAGAAUUGAAGCCAUGUGGGAGCUUUGCGGAACGAUGGUGGUAAAAGUCAAGUGGUUUUAUCACCCAGAAGAAACUGUUGGAUGUCCAUCGAAUCUUCAAUAUCCAGGUGCUUUGUUUGAAUCUCCACACAUAGACGAAAAUGAUGUGCAGACAAUCUCCCAUAAAUGCGAAGUGGUACCGUUGAAAGAUUACACAAAAAAACUGGGUAACGAUCCUGCAAGGUAUGCUACCAUCUAUGACAACAACGACAUCUAUUAUUUGGCAGGGUAUUACGAUCCUACUAGUCUCAAUUUGAAAAUGGAGCCUGGAAUACCUUUUACAAAAUCCGAUUAAUUAAAUUAAAUUGAAACAAUCGCGUCAAUGAGCAAUAAUAUAAUAAUUAUAUUGAUGUUUAAAAAAUUCUCUAGUGAUUUUUGGUGCUAUGUUAUUUAGAAAUUUUUUAUUUGUUUUCCUUUCUCAUUUGGUUGGCUGAUGAGUGCUUCCAAAUGAAUCUAUCAAAAUAAGGCAGUUGUUUUGGUUUAAGUUUAUUUUGCCUCAAAGUUAAGUUUACUAGAAUAAUAAGAAGCCACAUUUUUCAAAACACAAUACAAUACAUAUACGAAUUUAAUUAUUACAAUAAUUAAUUUUGUGGCAAAUUUUUUAAAAUACUAGUUUCCUUCUUUUUUGUACAUAAAAAUCUUGAUAUUUUUGUAUAUAAAAAUAUAUGUGUUUUCAUAAAAUGUAUCGCAUAGAUACAGGAAAAAAAUUAUAUAUUUUGAUAUUAGGACCAAUAGCCAGGGUCAUUUUACGGGUCUGCUUUACUUAACAAUAAGGUACCUCAAAAAUUUUUCACACAAUCAACCACAAUUCUAAUGAAACGUUUGGACUGUUCUAAUUGGUGCCUCAAUUUUAAUGUAUUUUAUGACCUAACAAUGACUGAGCACUAUUGGACUAGGAUAUUUGGAAUUUUUGAUAUUUUUAAGGUACGAUUUUGGAACGAUCGUGGGUUUUUUUUGAGUUUAUUUGUUGAUUUGUCACUUGACUGUUUCACAUAUACCAUCGAGUAAGUACCCAUUGUGUAUAAAGUCAGGAAAAGUAAUUUUUACGGCCUUGGUACCUACCAGACAGAUUUGGAAAUUGUUUUUCUCAUUUAAAAGAAAGGGUGAAAAGAAAAGACUCAAGUUAAGAGACCCUUGAAAAAAGUAUUUUUUUUUUAGAAAUUUCACAACUUUUUUGUUUAUGUUCUUAUUAUUUUGAAUCCUAUUUGUUUUGUUUGCAAGUGUACGAAAAAUAUUGGUUCUAUCACACUGUACUCUGUUACACUAGUAGCAGAAAAUAAUUUUUAUCAAGUAAUUUUUCCUGCGCUAGUCCAUUUUCUUUGGUAUUCACUUUUUGGGAAAAAAGCUAUUUCUGGCCUAAAUGGAAAAUGUAAUUCUCAUGCUUAUUGGUAUCUUCAGCUAGUCCCCUAAAAAUUCACAUCUUUAUACAAAUUUAAUGUAGUUUGUGUAGCAGUCUGUGGUAAGCUUACCUGAUAUCAACUCCUCCUGGGCCCUGCGCCGAGGGCUGCUAUCCCGACUCUCGAGCGGCGUUGCCGGCUGAAGUAUUUUACGCCACAGUUUGCAAUAAACUGAAGCUUCAGCAAUAUAAUUCUAACACGAUAAUCAACAAAUAACCGCAAAAAAAACCACACACAAAAAUCCUCUGACAAAAUUAUUAUUGAAUGGUUUUACAUAUUUUUCAAGAAUGAAAUAUGGACUAUGAGAUUUUUUUUUCAGGAAGCAAAAAUUUUGUCUUUGUGAUUUUCAAAUUAUUGUAUAAAAAGAGGCAUAGGCAUUUAGGUGUUGUAUUGUGCAAUGUACUCAAAUUAAUAUUUAAUAAUAAAAUAGCCUGUAGAAAAAAUCAAAAACUAACUUGUAUAGAUAGAGAACUUUAAAGUAUUGUUUGUAAUUUUUAAGGAAACAAAAAAUAAACAUAUUUUGACGUUAUUAUAUACUCUUGUACAAGUGAUUUUUGGUAGUAUACGACUCUUUCAAACCAUUUGUAAAACGUUAUAUUUUGAAAUUAUUAUAUUAUUUAUUUUCUUUUACAUACGCUUAAUAUUAUUUUUAGGUACCUAUUUUUGUAUAAGCUGACUCUAUUCUGAGAGUCCUAAAUGAAUGUAUUUUGGUUUCAAACUUUACGUAUUAUCUAGGUCUAGGUAAUGUAGGCUAGAAUUUAGUUUGUUUUUUUUUUUGUAUAAUUUUUUAUUUAGUUGCAACAGAGCUAUAUAUUUUUUUGAUUUUUCUGCUUUUGAGUCAUUUUUGCUGCUAUUAGGGGUGCAUAAUAUUAAAAAUAAUAAGUAUUAUAUAUGAAUAAAAUAAAAAUUGUAUAAGUUAUUAGUACAUAUAAACUAUUUUUGGUAUUUUGUUUUGAAGUUCUUUGAAUGUGUAUGUACAAAACAAACAAACAUAAGUGUGAAUAUCAUUUUCACAGUGUUCCUUUCAGGUAAAAUCAAAUAUAUAGAUACAUAUAUGAAGUUUUCAAAUAUUAUUUGUAAAUAUUUUUCCAGCUUUGUAUAUAAUAGAAAAGCUUUUAGCAGCUCUCUCUCUCUCUUUACUUGUCUCAUUAAAAUAUUCGAUCAGAA